UUAUGUUAAGUUAUCACCAUCUACCUUCACAUUUGAAGAGGUGCUUUGCUUAUUGUUCAAUUCUACCAAAGGACUAUGAAUUCAAGGAGAAGGAGGUGGUUCUAUUAUGGAUGGCAGAAGGUUUGAUUCAACCCCUACAAGAUGAAGAGGAAAUGGAAGAUUUGGGUUUCGAAUAUUUUCGCAAUCUGUUGUCAAGGUCAUUUUUCCAACAGUCACGUAUUAAUGAAUCUCAAUUUGUGAUGCAUGACCUCAUCAAUGAUUUGGCUCAGUCAGUUGCAAGUGAUACGUGCUUUAGAAUGGAAGAUAGGGUUGGAGGUAAUAAGCAUGAGAAUAUUCCUAUAAAGGCACGCCACUCAUCUUAUUUGGGAAGCAAAUUUGAUGUAACUAAAAAGUUUGAGGUUUUUCCUAAAUUCACAAGUUUACGUACAUUCUUACCUCUCAUGCUACCAGAUCCAGGUUAUUGCUAUUUGGCUCGUCAUGUUCAUUUUGAAUUGGUUCCAACAUUACAUUGUUUAAGAGUGUUAUCUUUCAACGGAUAUUGCAUAACAGAGCUACCAGAUUCUAUUGGUGAUUUGAAGCAUCUGCGUUACCUUAACCUUUCAGAAACUCGAAUAAGACUCCUGCCAGAAUCAAUAACUAGUCUUUACAACUUACAAACAUUGUUGUUGGAGAACUGUAUUCGUCUAAAGAAAUUACCUUUAAUGUUUCGAAACUUGGUCAACCUGCGCCACCUCAACAUUGAAGGUGCAGAUAGUUUGGAAAGAAUGCCUAUGCAAAUAGGUAAACUAACUUGUCUUCAAACACUGUCUAAUCUAGUUUUGGGAAAAGACAGUUGCUCUGGAAUAAAGGAGCUUGGACCUUUGAAGCAUCUUCGAGGGACACUCCGCAUUUCAAGAUUAGAGAAUGUGAUUGAUCCGAAGAAUGCAAAGGAUGCUGAAUUGAUUAAAAAGACGAAAAUUAGUGAGUUGUGGUUGAAAUGUAGUGAAUACAUUGAUGAGUCGAAAGACAGGACAAGUGAACUAGAGGUACUAAAUGGGCUAUGGCCUCACGACGCUUUGACGGAGCUGGUUAUAAUUAACUAUGGUGGUACAAAAUUUCCUAAUUGGUUAACAUCUCCUUCAUUUCCUCAUAUGGUGUCCUUGAGAUUAGAAAAUUGUUACAAGUGCACAUCAUUACCUCCAUUAGGGCAAUAUUUGCCAUCACUCAAAAAUCUUUGGAUCAAGGGCAUGGCUAACGUGAAGAGUGUUGGUUCUGAAUUUUGUGGCGGUAGUUUAGAGACUUUGCAUUUCUAUGACAUGGAGGAGUGGGAGAAUUGGAGUCCUUGUGAAGUACUCCCAAAUCUGCGUAAGCUUUCCCUUUGUCUCUGUCCGAAACUAUUAGGGAAGUUACCAAACCACCUUCCUUUACUAAACAAAGUUGAGAUAAUUUAUUGUGCACAAUUGGUGAUCUCAAUUUCAUGCUUUCCAGAUAAAUGCAAAUUUAAUAUUGGGGAAUGCGAAGGGGUGAUGUGUGAAAGUAAGGUUACAUUUAAAUCAAUAACAUUCUACACUUCACUUUCAGCAAUUUCAGAUCAUGGGGUUGAUAUGGAAGGACUGGCAGAGUUAGAAAAUUUAAGUAUUGAAAGCUGUGAGGAGCUGACGACUUUGUGGUCCGACAAGGUGGGAUCAUUGCCACAUCUCCCAUUUUUGCAUUAUCUCGACAUUUCUAAUUGUCCCAAACUAGUCUCUUUGGUGGCAGAAGAAGUUGAUCAAGAGAGUCUCCAACUCGGAAUCACAUCUUUUACUAUUCGUGAUUGCAUAGCCUUGAAAUCAUUACCCAAGGCGUUGAUGUACAACAACACAUGUCUUCAAUCUAUUGAAAUAAAGAAAUGUGAAUCGCUAACGCAUUUUGCCAAAAGCCAUCUGCCUCCAGCUUUAAAGAAGCUAUAUAUAAGCAAUUGCAAGAGUAUGAGGAAUUUGGUAGAGGAUGAUGAUAAUGAUACAAACAACGGUAGUUGCAGCUGUGGCAUCACAUCUCUUCUUGAGGUCUUGUACAUUAGCAAUUGUCCAUCCCUUGAAUUCUUAACAUCAAGCGGAGAAUUACCCACCACACUUCAAUGCCUCGAUAUUUACAGUUGUCCGAAGCUGGAGUCAGUAGCUAAGAGUUUUCAUCAUAACUCAUUUCUGACAAGUAUCAACAUCUCCAGUUGUGAAAAUCUUCAAUUCUUGAAUGGUGGAGAGUUGCUCCCUUCCAAGCUGAGACACCUUUAUAUAUUUAAUUGUGAAAAAAUGCAGGGACUGCAGAAUGGCAUACACAACCUCACCUCUCUUCGAGAUUUGGAAAUACGGAAUUGUCCGAGCAUUUUAUCAUUUUCCAAAGAAGGUUUUCCCACAAACCUAGCAACGCUUUCGAUCGCUUAUCUUAAAAUCACUGAAGCCUUGUUCGAUUGGGGGCUUGACAACCUCACUUACCUAAAUCAUCUUGAAAUUGGUGGAUGUCAGCAUCUGGUUUCCUUUCCAGAUAUGGCGUUGCCUGCCUCUCUAACAAGCCUUCGCAUUUCAGAUCUCUCGAAUUUGGAAUGCCUGUCUUCUGAGGGCUUAAGAAAACUCACCUCUCUUAAAACAUUGUGGAUCUUUGAAUGCGAGAAGCUCACGUGUUUUUCAGAGGAUGGCCUGCCUCCCUCACUCCUAGAGCUUGAUAUCUCUAAUUGCCAAAAGUUGAUGUCUUUACCAAAGUAUGGCCUACCUCCCUCACUACAGAAACUUGCAAUCAGUGGAUGUCCUCUGCUGGAAGAACACUGCAAGAAAGAUCAGAGAGGAGAGUGGCGCAGGAUAGCUGACAUCCCUUGUGUUCGAAUUAAUGGCGUAGACAUUUAUGACACAAAAACGGAGGAAUACAUUUACGACACAGAUCCAAAGGUCCUUUGAAUGUUGAAUGGUGGCAUUGGAGAGAUCCACCACUCCUAUUGCAUGCUGCGAUUCUGGUUGGUAUGUUGAAUGUGUUGUCGAACUAUUCUUCUUGUGGUUUUUUUAUUUCUAAAUCUCCAAGCAAAGAGAGAAGGUCUUCGAACAUGCAAUUUUUUAUUUUCAAAUUGGAAAAUGGCUGAACUUGACAAAUGAU